AUGGAUCUAAGCAGUAUGUCUGGAUUCGAAAACAUCUCCGAGCUCAAUGGGUUUGAAGGAAUGGAUAUGAAGGACAUGCAGCUGGAGGCUGAGGCCAUUGUCAACAACGUUCUCUUUGCUGUCAACAACAUGUUUGUCUCAAAAAGCCUGCCCUGUGCAGACAAUGUGGCUUACGUCAAUGUGGAGACAAAGGAAAGAAACAGAUACUGCCUGGAGCUCACAGAAGCAGGGCUCAGGAUGGUGGGCUAUGCUUUUGACCAGGUGGAGAACCAUUUGCAAAUCCCCUACCAUGAGACAGUCUACUCCUUGUUGGAUACGCUCAGCCCUGCCUACCAGGAAGCAUUUGGAAAUGUUCUCCUUCAGAGACUGGAAGCUUUGAAAUGA